CCCUGCCCCGCGGCGUCCUGGUCUUCUUCUGGAGGCGGGUCCGCCGUUGGCUCCGCCCCCUCUUAGGUGCCCACCUCCUAGAAGGUGCCGGCUAAGACUCACGUUUGGGUACGGUCCUGCUGACCUGCCGUCCCUCUGAGGCGGCCUCCAGCGGCGAUGGCAGGCGCUCGGGAGGACACCCCUGAGUCUAGCUCCUCCGCUGCCGGAUCCGAAGACCGUCCCGGCCCCGCCAGGCUCACCGAGGCGGUGCCUCCCGCGGAGUCAGAGGGCUGCGGUCGGCCCCUGGAGGAGGCUCCCAAGAAACUCUGUGGGUAUUUAAGUAAGUUUGGCGGCAAAGGGCCCAUCCGGAGUUGGAAGUCCCGCUGGUUCUUCUACGACGAGAGGAAAUGCCACCUCUAUUACUCGCGGACCGCGCAGGAUGCUAAUCCCUUGGACAGCAUCGACCUCUCCAGUGCGGUGUUUGACUGCAAGGCAGACGCUGAAGAGGGGACUUUCGAAAUCAGGACUCCCAGCCGGGUCAUCACCCUGAAGGCUGCCACCAAGGAAGUGAUGCUGUACUGGCUGCAGCAGCUGCAGAUGAAGCGCUGGGAGUUCCACAACAGCCCUCCUGUACUUCCUGCCGCCCCCGAUGCCACCCUGGCUGGGAAUGGGCCUGCCCUGCACCUCAAGCUAGGGCAAGAGGAGGCAGAACUGGAGGAGUUCCUGUGCCCCGUGAAAACACCCACUGGGCUCGUGGGUGCAGCAGCUGCCCUGCAACCUGUCCCUGCCAUGCCCUUGGCCCUUCAGAACAUCUCCCUCAAGCACCUGGGAACUGAAAUACAAAACACCAUGCACAACAUCCGCGGCAACAAGCAGGUGCUAGGAACAGGCCACGGACCUCCAGUGGAAGACUUUCCACAGAGUGCGGAGCCUCAGAGUGAGGAGCAGGCCUCAGCCCUGGAUCCUAGCGCCCCAGGGAAAGAGCCAGCGGAUUCUCCAAAGCCUGCACCCAAGUCCUCCCUGACCACCUGUCUCACACAGAAAACCAAGCGCCAGAGCAACACCUUCCCUUUCUUUUCUGAAGGGCUACGGAACCGAACUGCCCAGGAGAAGGUGGUAGCCUUGGAGCAGCAGGUGAUGGUGCUUACCAAGGAGUUGAAGUCCCAGAAGGAGCUGGUGAAGAUCCUGCACAAGGCGCUGGAGGCCGCCCAGCAGGAGAAGAGGGCAUCCAGCGCGUACCUGGCAGCAGCCGAGGACAAGGACCGGCUGGAGCUGGUGCGGCACAAAGUGCGGCAGAUCGCAGAGCUGGGCAGGCGGGUGGAGGCCCUGGAGCAGGAGCGCGAGAGCCUGCUGCACACGGCCAGCCUGCGGGAGCAGCGGGUGCAGGAGCUGCAGCAGCACGUGCAGCUGCUUAUGGACAAGAACCAGGCCAAGCAGCAGGUCAUCUGCAAGCUCUCGGAGAAGGUCACCCAGGACUUGGCACAGCCCCCCAACGCUGCUGACCGGGACUUCCUGAGCCAGCAGGAGAGGAUGGAGCACCUGAAGGAUGACAUGGAAGCUUACCGGACCCAGAACCGCUUCCUCAACUCUGAGAUUCACCAGGUCACCAAGAUCUGGAGGAAGGUGGCUGAGAAGGAGAAGGCCCUGCUGACGAAGUGUGCCUACCUCCAAGCCAGGAACUGCCAGGUGGAGAGCAAGUACCUGGCUGGGCUGCGGAGGCUGCAGGAGGCCAUGGGGCCGGAGGCCGGCGAGUGCUGGGAGCUGCUGCGGGAGCUCGUCCAGGAGGCGCUGCAGUGGGAAGCCAGCGAGGCCUCGGCUGACGGCGUGGAGCUGAGCCCUGUCAGUGAGUAUGAUGAGUAUGGCUUCCUGACGGUGCCCGACUACGAGGUGGAAGACCUGAGGCUGCUGGCCAGGAUCCAGGUGCUGGAGGUGCGCUCCCACCACCUGCUGGCCCUCGAAGCUGUGGAGCGGCCGCUGCGGGAGCGCUGGGCAGCCCUGGACCAGCUCUCACCCUCGGCAGAGCUCAAGCAGCUGCUGCGGGCGGGAGUGCCCCGAGAACACCGGCCACGCGUCUGGAGGUGGCUGGUCCACCUCCGCGUCCAGCACCUGCACACUCCUAGCUGCUACCAGGAGCUUCUAAGGCGAGGCCAGGCCUGCGAGCACCCUGCUGCCCGCCAGAUCGAGCUGGACCUGAACCGGACCUUCCCCAACAAUAAGCACUUCACCUGUCCCACCUCCAACUUCCCCGACAAGCUCCGCCGGGUGCUGCUGGCCUUCUCCUGGCAGAACCCAGCCAUCGGCUAUUGCCAGGGCCUGAACAGGCUGGCGGCUGUGGCUCUGCUGGUCCUGGAGGAGGAGGAGAGUGCCUUCUGGUGCCUGGUGGCCAUCGUGGAGACCAUCCUCCCAGCCGAUUACUACAGCAAGACACUGACAGCAUCCCAGGUGGACCAGCGGGUGCUGCAGGACCUCCUCUCAGAGAAGCUGCCCAGGCUGAUGGCCCACUUGGGGCAGCACCGUGUCGACCUCUCCCUCAUCACUUUCAACUGGUUCCUCGUGAUCUUUGCGGACAGUCUCAUCAGUGAUAUCCUCCUGCGGGUCUGGGAUGCCUUUCUGUACGAGGGAACCAAGGUGGUGUUCCGCUAUGCCUUGGCCAUUUUCAAGUACAAUGAGGAGGAGAUCCUGCGGCUGCAGGACAGCCUGGAGAUCUACCAGUACCUGCGCUUCUUCACCAAGACCAUCUGCAAUAGCCGGAAGCUGAUGCACAUCGCCUUCAGCGACAUGAACCCCUUUCCCAUGAAGCAGCUGCGGCAGCUGCGGGCAGCCCACCGGGAGCGACUGGAGGCAGAGCUGCGGGAGCUGGAGCAGCUGAAGGCCGAGUACUUGGAGAGACGGGCGUCCUGGGGCAGAGUGGUGACGGAGGGCUGCGCCAGUGAGGACGAUGGGGACGGGGACGCCUGACCAGCCGCUCCCCUCCACGGAGGCCUGGCGUGGACCAGUGGUCCAGCUGCCCAGCCCCUCGCCAUGUGACCCCUUUCAUGGGUACUUACAGGGAUGCCGUGCUCUUCUUGGCUCCCACGGAGCCGGCCAGCGGCGUGUCCUCACCUGCUGCCUCGGGCGUCCUCGAGCCACGUCUAUAAACAGCGUCUGUGCUGGAAACCGCCUGCAGGCUUUGGAGUCGGCUCCUUCUCAGUGUCCAUUUGUUCUUGGUGGGGACCCGGGACCAGGGUGUGCCACCACCAGGCCUUCCAGCUGCUGUUCUUGGGUGACCUUGCAGGGCCAGUCUCCUGGUUCCCGUGGAGCAGAGGCCCCGAGUCCUUAGGGCAUCUGUCUUUCUUGACAGCAGCUCCCCUCCAGUGCCCACCAGCUGUGUCCAUGCCACCCCUGAUACCAGGGCCUGGUUCCAGAGCCUUGGGCCUGAACCCUUCUUUCUGCUUUUGGGGGCUCCCAGGGAAGAGCUCCUCUGACCACCAUGGGGACCUGGCUGUAGGGCUGGGCAGAAGCCUGGGUCCGGCACCCACUCCAACCUGCCACUGCCCUGCAGCAGGCAGGACCAGGCAAGUGGGGUCAGCUCUCCUGAACCUGUGGCUGGCGGAGGCAUGGGGGUGGCGGUGGUCCCUCAGGGCAGGGCCGGCCCCACACUGCUGACUACUGGACUCGGCUUCUCAGUGCUUUGUGGCACUUAGCAUGUUUUCAGGUCUCUCAGCAGACAGAGCGGGCCCACCCGCCCCCCCCACACAGUCCCCACCCAAGGCAGGACAGAGACUGCACAAGUGAUUGCAGCUCAUUUCUCAGCAGCUCCUGUGACGGUGCAGGCAGACCCCUGAGUCCGCCUCUCCAGCAGGCAGGGGUGGGUCUCGCGUGGAAACCCCCACCCAGCUCUGAGGGAGGCUCCUGUUCAGGUGCAUAGGGGGCCACACCCACUGGCAGGGGGGACGAGACCCAGCCCUUCAGCAUACCCUCCUGUCACCCAGGGGUGUGCAUGGGAGGGGCUGGCACACUCGGCACCCAGUUUCCCCACCCUGUAGCCCUGGGAGGGGCUCUCAGACCCCUCACCCCGCUGGCCCAGGGCACCCUACACCAAGCUUUGCCUGCCUUCCUCAGUUUUGAUGAUUUUUUACAACCGCUGAGGGUCUUUUACCACCAGUUUCCACGAAGUGUGCUGGUGGAGGAGAGGCGGAGGUCCUGGCAGCACCCUGCAGGUCGGGUCCUGCAACUGUACAGUUGGUCACCAGGCUGGUGAGGGAGCCAGAGGGCAAAGGAGGUGCUGCUGGUGUGCGCAGAGAGGAGCGCCCAGGGCAGCCAGCAGCCUCGCAGUGAAGGAAGAGCCCCGAGGCCCCGAGGCCCUCGUGCUCCGCUGACUCUGCUGGAACUCACGUUCCCUCUCCAGCAACAACUCACGCUUCUCCACCCCAGGGAAGACGGGAGCCACCAAAGCCUGAGCAGGACAGACUCACAGGACAGCACACACAGGUGCGGGUGGAAUGCAUAGGGACACUAGCUGCUCCAUCAUCCGGAGCCCAAAGGCCCACCCACGAGGACCAUGUGCUGACCUUGCUGGAGUCAGGAGAGCUCAGGGGCUGCGCUGAAUUUGCUGCCGGGCCCUGGGUGUCCACUUCUUGACCAAUGGUCAA